UGCGCGGGACCAAGCGGGAACCGCCGCGCGGCGGCUGUGAAAGCGCGGGGCGGCGGCCGACAUGUUCCAGGGCGCGGACAGCCAAGCUGGCAAGUCGGGUUCCAGGUCCAUGAAGCCCCCGGGAGGAGAAUCGAGAGAUCUUUUUGGAAGUUCAGAAGAAGGUAUUUCUUCAAGCAAGCCUAAUAGGAUGGCAUCUAAUAUUUUCGGACCAACCGAAGAACCUAAAAACAUACCCAAGAGGACAAAUCCUCCAGGAGGCAAAGGAAGUGGGAUCUUCGAUGAAUCGACUCCUGUGCAAGCUCGACAACGUUUGAAUCCACCCGGGGGGAAGACCAGUGACAUAUUUGGGUCCCCAGUCACUGCCACUGUGCCUCUGGCACACCCAAACAAGCCCAAGGAUCAUGUUUUGCUGUGUGAAGGUGAAGACUCUAAGUCUGACCUGAAAGGUGACCCCCAUGAAAGAGCAAUUUGAUUGACACUCCCCUCU